AUGAGGUUUUUCACUGUGAUUGCCACGCUCAGUCUCACCGUCGCGGUCUCGGCGCUGGGAAACUCCACAUCGACCGGACAGAGCCCUAGCGGAACAACGGCAUCGCAGCAAGCCUGCUUGAACAAAUGUACACCGACGGAUCUCAACUGUCAAGCGGCGUGUGUGGGCGUUCCGAGUCCAAACAAUUCACAGGCGAACAAGAACACGCAAUGCGCGCAAAAUUGUGACCAAGGGAAUGGAUCUCCUGAGGACACAAAGAAAUAUGGAGAAUGUCUGUCAUCCUGUGCCAGCUCUUACUAUUGGCAAGAUAGCUCUGCCACUCCCACCCACCGUGUCUCCAAGGUAACGGAGACGGUAGAGCCAACGGAGGCGUCUCCUAAGCACUCCACUUCUUCUAGUCAUGCAGUUGCGACAUCAAGUUCCGCCGCGGUUUUUGCCACAAGCACCGCUACUGGCGCGGCUGCUCAUCAUGUCGUCGUUGUACCGAUUGCUGGCUUUGCCGGCGCAGUUGUUGCAGCCAUUGCUCUGUAA